GAUCGUCAAAGUGCAAGUCAAGCGGCGCCAUGUCUUCCCUGGAGUUGGCCCUGGCCCUGGGUGCGAGAAAACAGGUGGACAACUUCUGCAAGCACCUUGCCAAUGAGGCAGAGUGUCUGGUGUCCACAUUUUUCCCUCAGAAGAUUGAGGAGAUGGAGAAGGUCCUCCAGACCUCCUUUAGCUUGGAGGACCUGACCUUGCUGAAGGCGCCCUUGGACAUUCCUGUACCUGAUCCGGCCAAGGAGGAGCUGAAGAGGAAAAACAAGGAGGAGGAAGCAGCAAAGAAAGGAAAGAAAGACAAAGAAAAGGAGGACGACGAAGACGAUGAAGGCCCACCUUGUGGCCCGGUCGCCAGCAACGACAAAGUGGAGCAUCUGAUCAAGCUCGUCAAACCAGACCUCCAGACGCUCAAGGAGAAGCUCAAUGCUGUUUCCAUGUGGGUGCAGCUGCAGAUUCCGAAGAUUGAAGACGGGAAUAACUUUGGAGUGGCCGUCCAAGAAAAAGUGUUCGAGUUCCUCACCAACACUCGUACCAAGAUAGAAGGAUUCCAGGCGCAGAUCACCAAGUACUACAGUGAGCGAGGAGACGCUGUAGCCAAGGCCUGUAAACAGCCACAUGUGGGAGAUUAUCGGCAGCUGGUGCACGAGUUGGACCAGCACCAGUACCGCGAGCUGCGCUUUAUGGCUCUGGAGAUCCGCAACACUUACGCUGUUUUGCACGACAUCAUCGGCAAGAACUACGACAAGAUCACGAAACCCAGAGGAGACAGCAAGGCCCUCAUCUACUGAGGUUCGCGUCCACGUCCGGCAAGAGGGAAGAAGCACGCGGAGUACAGGACACAGUAACACUCCUUUACUGUACGUGUAAAAGCGCCCUCCGGGACGACGCGCUCCAGCACAGCACACUUCCGCACAGCACACUUCCGCAGACCCCCACCUGUCAGCAACAUGCUCUGGAAGCCUCGCUCUUUCACUGACUACUGCAAAUAAAGAAGCGAUAAGUGAA